UGGGGUGGGGGACUCACAUGAUGGACUAGGAGCUGUGCCCCUCAGGGAGAUCAGAGCCAUAUCUCCCUGAUUGUGCCACAUACACAUUCAUCUGGAACUUGACUCCGAGCAGCUCCUGACAGGUCUGACAGUCUAAAUCAGACAGGACAGGCUGGCAGUGCACCGGGGGGUCUGUGAGAGGGGCAUCUGGCUCUGCUGCCAGCAAUCCAGGAAGUCUUGGGUGAGGAGAUUCCUUCCCACUGGCUUCAAUUUAUCUUUCCAUGUCGUGGAGAGAGAAGCCUCCUUCCAGCUGCCUGUAAAGAUGAAGAAAAUUGCAUCCUCCAAUUGUGGCGUGAGAGAAGAGAAGCAUUCCCAAGGAAGUGGAUGCCAGGGAUCAGCUGACCAUGUGUUUAGCAUCUUGGGAAUGCCCCUUCAGUUACAACCAAACAGCAUACAGACAAAGAUUUACAAUGUUCAGUGGAAGAUGUGGCUGCCCUCACAAAAUACAUUUCGUCAGAUAUUGCAGUGGGAGAAUGGCUCUUCGCCUUCCAAUACCUUCAACAAUAGAUUCAGUUUUAUAAUCAAGAACUCGACUCUUCUCAUCAAGGCAGCUCAGCAGCAGGACAGUGGCCUCUACUGCCUGGAGGUCACCAAUACGAUGGGACAAGUUCAGAGAGCCAUGUUCCGGGUUUUUGUAUUUGAUAAAGUUGAGAAACCCCGCCUACAGGGGCGGGGCAAGAUCCUGGACAGAGGGAGGUGCCAAGUGGCUCUGUCCUGCUUGGUCUCCAGGGAUGACGAUGUGACCUAUGCUUGGUACAGAGGCAGCAAGCUGAUCCAGACAGCAGGGAACCUGACCUACCUGGAGGAGGAGGUUGACAUUAAUGGCACGCACACAUAUACCUGCAACGUCAGCAAUCCUGUUAGCUGGGAAAGCCACACCCUGAAUCUCACUCAGGACUGUCAGAAUGCCCAUCACGAAUUCAGAUUUUGGCCGUUUUUGGUGAUCAUCGUGAUUCUAAGCACACUGUUCCUUGGCACCCUUGUCUGCUUCUGUGUGUGGAGGAGAAAGAGGAAGGGGAAGCAAUCAGAGACCUGUCCCAAGGAAUUUUUGACAAUUUAUGAAGAGGUCAAGGACCUGAAAACCAGGAGAAAUAAAGAGCAGGAGCAGGAGCAGACUUUUCCUGGAGGGGGGAGCACCAUCUACUAUAUGAUCCAGUCCCAGUCUUCCGCUCCUACGUCACAAGAACCUGCAUAUACAUUAUAUUCAUUAAUUCAGCCUUCCAGGAAGCCUGGAUCCAGAAAGAGGAACCACAGCCCUUCCUUCAAUAGCACUAUCUAUGAAGUGAUUGAAAAGAGUCAACCUAAAGCCCAGAACCCUGCUCGACUGAGCCGCAAAGAGAUGGAGAACUUUGAUGUUUAUUCCUAGUUGCUGCAGCAAUUCUCACCUUUCCUGCACAUCAGCAUCUGCUUUGGGAAUUGGCACAGUGGAUGAUGGCACAGGAGUCUCAUAGAACAGCUCCUAGUUUGGAGAGGAUAUGGAAAUUUGUUCUUGUUUUAUAUUUUGUUUUGAAAAUGAUGUCUAACAGCCAUGGUAAGAUCAAGGCUGUUAAAUAAUAUCUUCCAGUUUACAAAUCAGACAUGAAUGGGUGGAGGGGUUAGGUUGUUCACAAAAGGCCACUUUCCAAGUAUUUGUAAUCUAGGAAGUGUAUGUAAGUGAUGUUAUCAGCAUCGAGAUUCUGUCCACCUGAUUUUCAAGCUGUCCCUUGUCUCCUUUUCUCCUCAAUCUGGGUUGACUGCAUUUCUAGACUCUCCCUGGGCCCAGGCCCAGGCCCAGGCCCAGGCCCAUCUUCCAAAGCAAGAGGAAGGAACGAUAAUGGUGACUCAGGGGAAGAGGAAGCAGCCCUCCGCUGAGAGCCUGGACUGUCUGGCUGUGAGCUGCCUGGCAGGUUCUGCACCAGGAGCCAGGGCCUGGGCUUGACUCAAUUGCAGAGAAAAAACUUUCCCCCUACAUCUCACACCUUUACCUCUGGCCAGUUGGCCACCAGGGGGAGUAAGCUGAAGGGAGAGUAGAUAGUGCAAAGCAAGCCCAUCUCUGAGUAGAAAAAUCACCCUGAGCACAUGCCAACCUGAUAACUGGGGGUUGAGACCAGCUUUGUCCACGGUAUGAUGUUUGAUUUAUGAAGACACAUUGUUAGAAAUCCAUUUUGGCUUCUUCAUAGAAGUGGCUUCCCAGAGGAAGAGGCCUCUCAGAAGCCAUGUUCUAUUUAAGUUCUGAGUCCUGAUGAGUGCUCCCUAGGUGCACUGAUGAGGGCUCAGGCAGCUGAGAGCUGAGCACGAGGCAGUUGGAAUCUAGACACUAUGCUGGGUUCCCUGAGUCGUCAGUCCAGACAUUUCAACAAGGCUGUGGGGAGCAGGGCGGAGACUCUGGCUGAGCCCAGGAAAGGGACAAGGGUGAACUGGGAGAGGACUUACUCAGAGAUCCCAACAGGUGAUACUGCACAAAGCCUGAUUCUUCAAUUGUCCUACCCUGUAUCUAAUACAGGAGUUUCAUAUAAAACAGUGAUAUCAUGCAGAUGCAGUCUGAAUUCCUUACCUGAAUUAAAUUUAUGUAUCCUCUCCA